CUCUCUCACCAUCAUCCUCAUCGUGUCUCUUGUUAUCCUCAUCAUUUUAUAAUCUUGUGUCCAAUGUUAAUUGUUGAUCGUUAUUAACAGUUAACUUUUACCACCAUCAACAAUUAGCUAUGUAAUCAAGUUGAUUGUAAAUCAUUUUAAUCAAUUUUAAUUUUAAUUUUAAUUCUACAAAAUUAAAAAUCAACGAUUUACUAAUGAUGAUGAUUAACUUUCAAUUUUAACCUUCACUUUUAAUUGUUUUCAAUAUUAAUCUUUGUCUUCAUUUGUUAUUAUUUUUCAAAGUUUGUUUGUGAAAGUUAAUUGUUGUUAAUCAGUAUGCUAAUUCAACAUAGAUCAGUUCCUGAUAGAGGAAUUAAAUCAAUAACUUAUAAUAUUAAUCAACAUAAAUCGGAAUUAGAUGAUAAUGAAAAUUAUCCAUCAUCUCAUCAAGUUAAUCAAUCCACUGAUUAUUAUUCAUCUUCAACUAAUUAUCAUGGAGUAAAAAGUUUACGAGAAUACUCAAUUACCAUGAUUAUGUUAAUCAUCGUAGUGUUACAGUUAAUUUGGUUUGUUGAUUGUUCAUCAGGAGAAAAUUGUUUUGGCGGAAUUCAAUCAUUUGAGAAAUUAGCAAUGACCGAUUUUGAUGACGACUAUGCACCAGCGGGAACUUUACUCCAACAGCCCGAUCAAGCGCUAACUCGAGACUGUAUUAACCUUUGCCGACAACAACCGACCUGCCUUUCCUUUGGCCUGGAUUAUACUCGAUUCCGGUGUGCUGCUUAUGCGGUUCACUCUCAGGAGACUUCGCAACUUCGAGCAAACCUAGUGCCCUCCAAUACGACCAAUCUUUUCGAGAAGGUGUGUUACCUUGGUGUCCAUCGAGAUGAAUAUCAAAAAAUUUGUGGAGUCGAAAGACUUUGGACAUUUGAACGGGUUAAAGGUUCCUGGUUGGAAGGGUUCGUUGAGACGACACUCUCCAAUAUCGGUUCGAAAGAUGAAUGUGCCAAAUCGUGCCUAAUGGAAGCCGCUUUUACCUGUCGAAGUGCCGAUUAUGAUCACGAUAAAAGAAUCUGUCGACUCUCAAAGGAAGAUCGUCGAACUCAACCUCAAGCUUUUCGAACCUCGUUCGGUUCACCAAGGGACUACCUUGAGAAUCAAUGUGCUGCUCCAGGUCCAACAACGUGUCUCUAUGAUACCAAGGCCAAUGUUGCCGUUAUCACGAUGGAUUCUCUGGUUUUCGCUCAAAAUAUCGAGGAUUGUGAACAUAAGUGCGACAAAGAGUAUACAUUUAAUUGUCGAUCAUUUUCUAUCGAUUCGACAAGGUGUUUCCUCUCUGGCGAUGAUUCCGUUUCCUUGUCUCACGCUGCGCUUCCGGUUAAACCUGGUUCGAUGUAUGGUGAGAAAAAGUGUGUCACCGAAACUUGUACCCAUGGGAUAUUCACUUAUGAAAAGAUCACUGGAAUGGUUUUACGAUCAGCUUUGGCCACUUCGGUUCCAAUGCCUCAUACGGCUUCACUUGGGGUCACUGGUACUUGUCGUGACGAGUGUGACAAGUCAAAUCUUAAUUGUCCAGCGUUUUCUGUUUCUUAUUUAACCUCAAGGUGUGAAAGGCUUGAUCGUAAUUCACAAGGUCGAUCAGGUGAUUUUAUCCCUCGUGAGGGUGAAUCUUUUUUCGAGAAAAUUUGUCUUCGUGGUCCCGAUGUGGCCACAAUGUGUCAAGAUAAAUAUUGGGCCUUUGAACGGGUAAUUGGCUAUGAAUUGACCUUAGAACUUUACGAACAGGUUUACCAUUUUGUUCAAUCUCGUCGAUAUUGUCAAGAAUAUUGUUUACAAGAGAAACUGUUUGUUUGCCGAUCGGCGCUUUACAAUGAUGAAACCACCGAAUGUAAACUAUCACGGGAAGAUCGUCGAACCAAACCGGCAAAUUAUAUUCGAAAUCAGAAUCCAAAGAUCAGUUACUUGGAAAAUCAGUGUAUAAGGUCACAUUCUCGUUGUCCUUAUGAAGAUACUCCCGGUGCUUAUCCGACCUACACCGAUAUUGUUGAGUCGAGAUCUGUGAAUUCCAGAUCAGCUUGUGAACAAUUGUGUUCAGAGAAUCGGCAAUUUAUCUGCCGAUCUUACGCUUUCUAUUCCUCGAAUAAUGAGUGUCUCUUGUCGGGUGAUGAUCGCGCUUCCGGUGGAUCUUCAGCAGUCACUGCUCGUCCUGGAAUGACCUACUAUGAACGUCGAUGUGCCAAAGUCCCUAAUGAUAACUAUCCAACAACGGAAGAUGGUGACAAUUCAAUCACAGGUUCUAAUGAUCCAACCAGAUUAACACCAACAAUCCCGACAAAACCAACAUCAAUCUCAUCGGCUAAUUUACCCGAUGAUGAAACAUCACCAACUAGUACCACAAGUGGUUCCAGUAGGCCAACUCACACUGGAUCAACUUCCUCUUACGAUACCAGGCCAACUUCAUCUUCUCCAACCACUUCGAUUGGUUCGUCUGUAGAUUACACUCCAGAUCAACCGUCAACCCACACUGGUGACAAUCAAUCAGGUUCAUCAUCAGCCGAUUCAACACCUUCCACUGGCACUUCAUUCACAUCAACAACAAGUACCACAGGUACAAGUACAUCGACCAAUAGCUCUUCAUCGGUCAAUCCAUCGACUGCUAAUGAGGAAACACCUUCGAUUUCAGUUGGUACAACAAGUCCACCAACAUCACCGAACUCAAGUCAAAAUUCACUUAAAUGUGGACCUAAUGGACGAUUCACUUUUGAACGUAUUCCUGGAUUCGAGCCGAUCGGUGGUUUCUUUAGUCUAUUGUACUCAGAGAAAUCUAAUCCCGGAAUAGUGACCGAGUGUUCCCGUCGAUGUGAACAUAACCUCGGAUGUACAGCGUUCAUCAUGGACUAUACUCGACGUGCUUGUUUUGGCCUUUUCGAAAAUGCUUCCAUUGGAAAGUUAGAUCUUCGACUUUCACCAGGUCGUGAUUACUUUGAAGGAUUUUGUGUUGCUUCACAUCUAACAUGUCCCAAGUUAUGGACCUUUGAUCGUAUCGUUGAUCAAACCUCGAUCGGUGUUCAGCCCAAAUCAAUCAUCCGUUAUAUUCAUAAGCCAGAUUGUCGUUUAAGGUGUUUAGAGGAGCGUCGAUUCAACUGUAUGUCAGCCAGUUACGAUGCUACUCUACGUGAGUGUCGACUUUACGAUCAAGAUCGAAACUCAGGCCAAUUGAGAUUGAUCUUCACUAAAGGUACCGAUUAUAUUGAAAAUCAGUGUAAUGUUGAUGUUGUUUCGUGUCGAUAUCAUCCCAUUGAACGGGAUAUUACAAUUGUGACCGUGACCAAGGCGAUUCGAGGUUCGUCUACAUUUUUCUGUGAACAAGAGUGUAAUCGUCAGAAAGAGUUCAACUGUCGAUCCUACACUUAUCUCGAUCAGACCAAUAUUCCAGGAGGUAACUUUUGUCUCUUCAGUUCGGACAGUAGAGGUACAAGUCAAAAAGAGGCGAUGGGAUAUCGACCUCGAGCCUUGUACGCUGAGAAGGAUUGUCGAGGCUUCAGAAAGGGUCGAGUAUCCUCAACACCAGAAUCAACCGAUUCACCUCAGCACCAAUCAACUCAACAUCUUCCACCACCACUACCAAAACCCUCACAACCCUCUCCUCCACCUCCAGCUUCACAAAAACCACCUCUCACUUUUCAACCACUUUCACCUCCGAUCGAUUUGACAACAAUGAUAACCAAAAGUCCAAGCGCCAAUCAACCCACACCAGUGCCACCGACACUCACUACACCUCGAAAAUGUUCAACCUUUGAUUUUACCUACGAAAAGACUUAUGGGUUUGACCUUAGAUUCGCUCGUCGGGAGCGAUCGCGAAUACCACCAAGCCUUGGAAUAACCACCUCGUGUCAAGAUGAGUGCACUCGACGAGGAUCAAGAUGUCGAGCAUUUUCCCUCGAAUAUGGACCAAACCAACAUUGUUUCCUUCUUGAAGACUCAGCGGGCGAAAACCAUCUCGCCCUCUCAAAGAUCCCAAACAUCGCUUACUUUGAGAAAAUUUGUCUAAAAGCUAAACCUUGUGGUAGACUUUGGUCAUUUGAACGUAUUAUCGGCUAUCAAUUUACCGAUCAACCUGAUCGAGAGAUUGACAAUGUUGAUCUAAGGUCAGACUGUCAAGAUCUCUGUUUAGCUGAGGCCACUUUCUCAUGUCGAUCAGCUACAUUUGACUAUUCUCGAAAAAUAUGUAAACUAUUCAAAGAAACUCAAAGAUCUCGACCAAGCGCUUUUAAACCAACAUCAGAAGAAAUCGAUUACCUUGAAAAUCAUUGUGUCAAAGAACCUUCAAGUUGCCAGUACAAAGAUUUUACCGAUACCUACUCAGGGAAUGUCGAUCGUAUAACUCAUGCCUUCUCACUGACCGAUUGUCAACGUCAGUGUGACACUGAGCGUCUUUUCCCGUGUCGAGCGGUGAAUUAUGAAUCAUACUCUCGGGAAUGUUCAUUAUCAAGCUACGAUAUUGCCUCAAUCGGACUUGGACAGAAAGCUCUUCAACUACGUCGACAUUCAAUCUACAGCGAAAAAGGAAACUGUGAACAAGUUACCGUUCAAUGUAAUCCUCAAGACAUGGUGCUGACCCUAAAUUUUGAUACACCCUUUAUGGGUCGUGUCUAUGCCAAAGGAAAUCCUGCCCACUGUUUUGAGGUCGGAACUGGACAAACCCGGAUGCAGUUUUCAAUAUCAUUCGGAACCCGAUGUGGCACCCGACAAGAAGGAUUGAAAAAUUUUGUCAAUGAAAUUGUGGUUCAACAACACGCGGUCAUCAUGACUGACAGCGAUCGGACAAUCAAAGUGAUGUGCUCUCUCAGUGCCAUUGACCAAACGGUUACAUUACGUUCACCUACUCAAGGGCGAUCAGGAAUUGAUGUUACUUCACUUAAAACCGGUAAAAGUGCUCUUGAAAGGCCGAUUCCAUCGGUGGUCACCAAUACCGCCGCUCCUCCGACUGUCAUCAUGAGGAUACUUGAUCGUAGUGAACGAGAUGCAACUUUAGUCUCAUUGGGCGAUGAACUGACCAUGAAAAUCGAGAUAAUGGACAUUUCAUCAGCUUUCGCAAUUUCAGCUCGAAAUCUUUAUGCUCGAAGCUCAAGUGGGGAAUCUUUAUAUCUUAUUGACGCUAAUGGAUGUCCAACCGAUGCAUCGAUCUUUCCAAGUUUAAAACUCGAUCCUAAUGAUGGAAAAUCGUUGAGAUCAACAUUCAAAGCUUUCCGUUUCCCUUCAACUGGAGUGGUCAACUUUGAGGUGCAAAUAAGAUUCUGUCCAGAUAAAUGUCUUCCCGUUAAAUGUUUCGAUUCACUUGAAUCAUUUGGUAGACGGAAAAGAUCAAGUUUAUCCAAAAGUGGUACCGAUAAUGGUGAAGAAUGGGUUGAUGAUGAAGAUGAAUUGGAGGCGAAAAUGAUUGCUCGUAAAUUAGAUGGACCAUCGGUGACCACUGUUGCUACCGAUUUUAAAUUAUCUGAUUUCUUUGGUACAACUAAUAGAAGUGCCCUUCACGCCAGCCGAGCCGAAGGUUACACUUACAAUGUUCCCGAAUCAGAGACAAAUCGAGGUUACAAUUAUGAGGUAUCUCUUCAUUCAACUACAAUGAUUCCUCAUUUACCUGCACCUCUUGAACUUAUUGGUACAACAAGCGGAUUCAAUAGCACCAACAGUUAUCAUCGCAAUAACCAAUUGAACAAUCGUAUGGGCUAUUAUCCGCCAACAGCGAGUGCCUAUCAUUAUAAUCCAUAUUCAUCAUAUGGUCAAUCCGAUUCUUCUGGUUAUAAUUAUGGUUCACCACAAAGUUCAUAUGGUUACGGAUCGGGUUCACAGUCCCAACAGCAACAACCAUCCCACCAUUACAACACUCAGGGUUACGGUGGUUAUACAAUUAGUAACAAUCAACCCACCGCCAAUAAUGGUUAUGGUGGAAAUGGUUAUCAUCAAAAUAUUGGUAAUUCUUAUCAAACAUAUUCCCAAUCUAAUCCAAGUAGCAAUCAAAAUCAAUUCCAACCAAUAGACAACCGUUAUCAUCCAUCAUCAUCAUCUUCGUCAUCAUCUUCAUCCCCACAAUCACCCAAUUCAUAUGGACCAGAGACACGAAUAGUAUCUUCAUCUAAUAAUAAUCAUCAUCUUCCAUCCUCAUCUUCAUCAUCAUCAACUUCAUUUUCAUCUGAAAAUGGUCAAUAUCCCAAAGAAUUACCAUCAAGUCCAUCGACUGUUAAUAUUAUUGGAACUCGUUUCGGUUCAUCAUCGGGAGUAACCAAUGGACCAAGUGACGAUAUUUCAACGGUUCGGCCUCGAUCAACGGACAGGAAGAAAUUCAAAGCACCUCGACCUCUUCCCAGGCCAAAAGAUAAAAACUCUCAUCCAUCAUCAUCAGAAAUCAUAAGUAUCCCUUGUAACACUGGACCUGCCAUCUUAUAUACCGCUUGUAUUGUUACUCUGGCUCAUUGUUUGGUCGUUGCUUGUGGUUACUUUUACUACCGGAAGUACGUUUAUUACACUGGUGGAUCUAAAUUGUUUACACUUUCCUCCUCUUCGGGCAGAACCAUUUCCACUGAAAAUAUCACCUCAGUUACACGAAAUCCACGUGCAACCAAUUCAAAUGUUUUCUUUGGCUCACCCAAUUCAGGAUUGAUCUCUGAUCGACCCACUCCAUCAUCUUCAUCACAAGGAUCAUCUUCAUCUUCAUCAAGUGUCACCAAUGUUGGUUUCCGGUCAUUAUAUUCAACGGGAACCCUUGGAUCACCACCAUGAUCAUUUAUCUUUCAUCAUAAUUAUCAUUCAUUUUUUUCAUUUCAUUUCUAAUUAAAUUAAAAUUAAGAAAA